AUGUCACAAGAUCUUAUGGAUGUUAUUAUGAAUAUGGAUGCUCGUCAAGUAAUAGAGUUAAUUGAACAAACAGAGCAAUUGAAACAACAAGAACAACAAGAACAACAACAACAACAACAACAACUCAACAACCUAACAUGUGAUGUUAAAAGUCAAUUUAGUCUUUCAAUAUCAACAGCUCUGAUUUCGCAUUUGGCAUUAAGAAAUUCUUUCUAUAAGGGUUUUCAAUCAUCGUUGGUGUCAUCGUCCCAGUCAUCAGCUCUGUCGUCAAGUCCUUGUAACUCGUAUUCUGAUGCUUUGUCACAAUUGUUGGAGAAUUCAUUAAUCGGCAAGAGUUUACCAUCUGACAAUAUUCUGUUGGUUCAAGACAAUUGUAAUAUUGAAAGCAGAGUGGUACCAAAAAAGAAUCCUGCUGUUAGAUCCAAGUCAAAAAAGAGGGCUGCUUCUCUUAAGGUUGUUGUCUCUUACGAGUUUACCGACGACGAAUUGCAAGGAAUGAAAAUGGUCCUUCUUUCAGGUCCAGAUGUUGUCACUGAGAAUGGAAUUAGGACUUUAUGGAAAUUAAAGUUGUCUGGUACUCUGGUUCGUGAUGAUACGUCACCCAUCAAAUGGGAACACACCACUGUUGUGAUUGCAUCAGUGUAUCGUGAUCAAAGCGAGACAUACAACAUUGAAAGUCAAUCUGCCAAUGAUGGUAUCAAGUUGAACAAGGUAGUAGGCAACAACAACAACAACAACUAUCCUAUCAACGGCCAAACGUUCAAAAUGAUCCUGCUCGCAUUUGAUAAGCUUAAAGGAGGUCUAGAUCUCACUCAUAUUCCAAACUGUAUCGUAGAAUCAAAUGACAUUGUCUACUCUACCAAAACAGAAUACUUGCCACCAAGACAUUUUAUCAGCCACAAUCGUGGCAGUAUUACCCGCAAGAUCAAAUGUGACCGUUUCAAGUGGGGGGUUAAUUCAAACUUUUCAAUUGGUUUUAGACACUCAAAAACACUCUAG